AUGCUUGAACAAAGAGGAGGGUUGAAAAAUAGCAAAAACAUGUUAGUUGACGAGCAAGUUGCUAUGUUCUUACAGUUAGUUUUAGAUGCAGUAUGUCGAUUACAUAAAAAGUUCUACAAGAAACCCGUGCCAAUACCCGAUGAUGAAACCGACGAGAGAUGGAGGUGGUUUAAGGGUUUCUUAGGAGCAUUAGAUGGAACAUAUAUCAAAGUUAAAGUCCUUGCAGCAAAGAGAAAACCUUAUCGAACACGCAAGGGUGAGAUCUGUACUAAUAUAGUCAAGUACUCUGAGAUGCUAUUAGUAGACCACAUGGUCUUAAAAUACCUCAUGGAACAUACUACCUUUGAUAUGCGGGUUAUACAAAUGGUGAAGGUUUUUUAACACCUUAUCAUGGACAACGUUACCAUCUUAAUGAUUGGUAUCGACCACCUACAAAUGCUAAAGAGUUAUAUAACAUGAGACACUCAUCAGCAAGGAACGUAAUAGAGCGAUGUUUUGGAUUGAUCAAAUCUGGAUGGGCUAUGUUACGUGAUAAUGCAUACCAUCCAAUAGAAUAUAUGCCACACAUAAUCAUUGCAUGUUGUUUGAUGCAUAAUUUCAUACGUGCAACCAUUACCGAAGACCCCCUUGAUUAAAAAUCCAUGCAAAUCACACACAAAUUGGAGACGAACAUGACAACGUUAUUUCUACCGUAGAGACAUCGCAAGGAUGGACUGACCAUCGAGAUCUUCUUGCUAAUGCUAUGUUUACUGAUUGGAGUGCAAGGCGUUCCAACAAUUAAUUUAUUUCAUGUUUUUAUGUAAACUUCAUUAUUCUUUAUGUGGUGUUGAUAUUAUGUUUAAUGAUUGAACAACUCUAUUAUUAUUUCAUUAUCUUGUUGAUAUAUUGUAUUUAUUAUGUGG